GUUUUCUGGGUCUAGCGCGAAAAAUUGUGAAAAUUGCAGUUGCUCCAGGGAAUGUUCUGCGAUUAAGUGGCGUAAACGACACACGAUUGCGGUGGUGGUGCUGGUGGUGGGGGUGCAUCGAUGAAAUCAAAUUGUAAUCCAAUUAUACGGAAUUUUGCGGCGAUUAUUGGUGAUAACUGGGAGAUUUUCUGUUUCGUUUUUGAAAGCCUCUUGUAACGGUUGGUGGAAACACGCGCGCCACAAAUUAUGGAGUGAAAUUUGUGUAACAAAAUUAAAAGGGAAAAAGUUUCCGCGGAAGGCAGGAAAAUGCUGGCAUUGUUGUUUGCGUAGAGCAGAAAGCAUGUAAAAAGUUAUGCCAAAGCAGUAAUUCUAGUGUUACGAGAAAGUCACACAAAAGUUUGCUGUGUCGUGCUGGAAUAAAAUUAAUUAGUGCAGCGAGGAGUACAGCCUGUGUGUACUUUGCCAUCUAGUUGGCUUUGGCCGGCCUGCUAAGCCUUCGAAAAAGGAUACAGAAAAAAAAGUUGCGCGCUAAAAAAGGAUUACGAUGGCGAACCUGAGGAUUACCGUUACCCGGAUGCACUUUGGAUUACAUUUCGUCUUUUUAAUUAUUGUGUCCUCCAUCUACGGAAACCACACACUGGACAGCGGGAAAUCAUCGUCCUCGCCGUCCACCGCCAGCUCUUCCAGCAGCAACAGUUCCUCCAAUGUGCCAACGCUCACGCUCUCCCCGGACGAAACCAUGUCCCACUUUGUGAACCAAUCGCGAAUGGUCGGCUGCACCUCGUCCGAUCCGGACGUGAAGCUCCGGUGGCGCAACCCGAAGAACGCCAUCAUCGCCGACGCCAAGGGCCGCGUCCACGUCGAGCAGUUCAGCGGGGCGUCGCUGAUGCUCAUCUUUGAGGCCAUCGUCCGGUCCGACCAGGGCAACUGGACCUGCGAAACCGACACCGAGGGUGGCAAACCGGUCCGGAAAAAGUCCUUCAAAAUGAUAGUUAAUGAACCAAUCUCGUUCCGGGACACCAGGACGGUCCAAACGGCCAUCGAAGACAAGGACGCGACCAUCCGGUGCGAGGUGCGGGGACAUCCGGAGCCGUCCGUAUCGUGGUCCUUCAACGGGCAGCCAUUGUUCCCCCCGAACGGAAAGUACACGAUGCUGGCGGACGGACUGAUGAUCAAAAAGGUGACCAAGAACGACGCCGGCGAGUACACGUGCAAGGCGUUCCAGGUUUCGACCACCGGAAGCAGUUUCGAGGAGAAAACGAUCCGGCUCAAUAUCAAACACAAGCCCUACUUCAUCCACCGGGGCACGUACGGCUCGCGGAACGUCACGUACGGCUACGUGGGCGGGAUGGUCAAUUUGACGUGCGAGGCCACGGCGGAACCGCCGGCCAACUUUACCUGGUCGGCCAACAACAAAAAGUUUUCCCAUAAAAGCCACCACAUCUUCACCGCCAACCACAUCUCGAUGCUGCAGAUUAUGAUCAAAAACAGCACCGCUUUCGGCAAGUACCGGUGCGAGGCCAAAAACGAGCUCGGUACCAUUUCCCGGGAGAUCCAGCUGAAGGAGGGCACCAAGCCGGAUCCACCUAGCAGGUUCCAACUGCGUGGCGUCAACUCGGACACGCUGGACAUUGACGUGGGGGCGACCAAGAGCCACGACGUCGAGCCGGACCACAGCACCAUCAUCGGCUACCGGUUCGAGCUGAUCCCGACGGAGGAGUACGGCAAGUACCGGAGCUGGGAGCGCGCCAACCGGCGGGACUUUGACGUCGAGGACGGCGUCACGUACCUGCUGGUGCACCUGAUUCCGGACACCAAGUACCUGAUCCGGGUUGCGGCCCGAAACGCCGCCGGUCUCAGCGACUGGACCGAGGUGAAGGAAUUCUCGACGCAUCCGCUGCAGCCGCACGGGUUCAACUCGGGCAGGGGCGCACCGGGUCGGUUGGCCACGUCCGCGAUGGUGGCACUGAUGGCCACCGUCGUCGCUGCCCUGCAAUUUUAACCACCCGGGCGGCACGGAACUUCAACCAGAAAAGACUAGCACGUAAAAUCGCAAAUCCGAAAUUUCAUUCCGUGGAAACCAUCAUUCAUCAGCAGAGAAGAAAAGGAAUAUCAAAGUAGGCCACGCGGCGCGCGUUGGGAAGGUUGAGCAAGGAGUGGCAAAUCACCCCACCACAUUCAUUCGCCCCUUCUCAUAUGGCUUAUAUUGGAAAUAUCCAACCGGGAAAGUGAUAUGUUGUUGUUUUUAAGUUUUGUCUUCCGUUCUGGUUCACCACUUUGAGUACGAUGACACAACCAACGCUGCUAGUCAGACAGUCACACCAAGCCAGGAGGAGGAUGUAUAGAGGUAUCGUAAUGUAGGUUGUCAUGCCAUAAGUAUAAGGUUAGAGACGAAGAGGAGGAAAUCGAUCUAGGUAAAUUGUAACGUAACAAUGCUUGUUAUCUCUACAACUCAUUCUAUAUGCGCUCUCUAGUCAAAGUGUCGCUUGAAAGUAGGAAGAGAAUGAAGUUGAUUUUGGUGUUCGGGGAUGAUGAUUCAAAUGUUUGUUCUUAUAAAAACUGAGUUGAAAAUAUUUUACAGUAAAAAAUUGUGUAAAUUUCCAAAGUUUUAAUUUACCUUAAUUAAGAUUUUAAAAAUGGAAAAAACACUGGAAUAGUGGUGAAUUAACACAUUCUAAGAGGUCAUUUUUCCAGAUAACCAUGAUUUCUAUUAAAGAAUAAAAUUAAUUUCAGUAUCUGAUACUUGAUGAAUUUUCUAUUUUUUUAGAUUUUAGAUGUUAUUGUUGAUACAUAGCCAGUUUUGUUCAAUUUUAACCUGAUAAUCAUGGCUGUAUUAUGAUUUUUUAGGCUUCAUCCAUGAAGUAUGUCACACUAAAAUGAGCCAAAAUUUAAUAUAUAAUCACAAUUUUAUUUAUUUUUAUUUUUUCUACUUGCAUUUUUUUCCAAAGGCAUCAUAUAGAUAAAAAAUUCCUUGUUUACAGAUUUUCGAAUUUUUUUUUUGUAAAAAUAGUUACCACAAAAAAAUGGAGAAUUGUAUGAACAAACCAAUGAUGGCUUCUUUGGUCACAAGAAAACCUCCUCGAAAAGUUUGAUUUAUAUGAGCAACUCUCUACGAAAUUUCGACCAUUUUUAUUUUUUGUAUUUUUUUAUUUGGCUCAAACUUUGUGGGGACCAUCCCUAUGACCAAAUAAGCUAUUUUGUGUCAUUGGUUCACCCAUACAAGUCUCCAUACAAUUUUGGCAGCUGUCCAUACAGAAAUUGUACGUACAUAUUCAAAUAGCUGUAACUUUUGAGUGAAUUUUCUGAUCAAUUUGGUGUCUUCGGUAAAGUUGUAGGUAUUGUUGAGGAUUAUUGAGAAAAAAUAGGUACACGGAUAAAAAUUGCAGAUUUUUUAAUCAACGUUUUUUCACAAAAACUCAAUUUCCCAAAAUACGUAUUUUUUGAUUUUCGAGAUUUUUUAUAUGUUUUAGGGGACAAAAACCCGCAACUUUUGAGCUAUAGAGAAACAUGGUCAAAAAAUCUGCCGCCGAGUUACUAAAAGCUUGAUUUAGUAUGACAGUUGAUAUUAAAAAAGUUUUUGAACAAAAAAAGUUCAUCAACCAUAUUUUUUAAACUGUUGUUUUUGUUUCAGAAAUGAACAACAAUUCAAUUUAUUUUGUUUAAUUUUGCAAUAUUAUUUUACAACAGUCUUGCUAGGUUUCGAGUUUUCCUUUUCUAGAUGAAAGUCAAAAGAUCGAAAAAUAUAUGGUCGAAUAGGCAAAACUUCGAAAGGACAAAAGGUUGAAGUAAGCCUACUUGAAAAAAAAAUCGUUGUAUUUUAAUCCGUGUUUUUCUGUGAAUUUUUUUUUUAAUUUUUUUAGAUAGUCCUUAAAAAAGUUCGUCGCCCUAAAUAUUAGCAAUUUAUUAUUUUCUAUUUUUAAAGACAACCUUUACAUGGUUGUCGCAUUAUUCAUGUGAGUUUUUCUAUUCUUUCAAGCAUGAACAGUUCCUUUUAAAAUUUAAAUAAAAUUCGGACCUAUUAAAAAAAAUUGAGAGAUUUUCCUUUCAUUUAAAACAAACUUUUUUAAGGUUGAAAUAUUUAAGUGACUUUUAGCAUUCUUUCCAACAUAAGCAGUUAUAAAAAAUGAAAUAUUUCAGCAAAUUUUCUAUUCAUUUUUAAUUCAUCGUCAAUGGCCGUAAAAAUAUUAUUUUAAAAGUGUUUUCUACACUCCUUCCUUUUCAAAAACGUUUUCAUGAAUCUGGGGGGAAAUUCAAUUUCAAAAAACCCUGAAAAUAAAAAUGAAAUUGAAUGAAAACUGUUCAAAACAUGUUUACUUCAUUGCUUUUCAAAGGUUUUGCAUGUGAUUCAUUUUUUUGAAAAUAAAUUAAAAAAAAAUUUUGAUCUUUUAUCUAUUCGACCUUUUGCAUUCAAAUUACAGUCCAUUCGACCUUAUGUUUUUUGACCUAUUGUAAGUUAUCCGUUAAAUCUGGAGUUUUUUUUUUUUUUUUGAAAUGGUCCAAUAUACCAAAUUUCCAGUUUUUGUUUUUAAAAGAAUGUUUGUCCAUAUUAUUGAUUCAGAUGAGUCAAUAUUUUUUGAUUCUGAUUUAAAUUAUAUUUUACGUUUGAGCACAGUAAAAAUAUAGCGUUAUUACAUGUGAGAAAUGAAACAGUCUUCUAUACAAAUGUGUAAUUUUACAUUAGAACUGAUCAAAUUGACAUCAUUUUUGGUUGAAUCAAUUUGAUUCUGCAUACCAAAAUUGACAAAUGUUUUUCAAAAAAAAAUCCAAACAUUUGAUUCCACCAAAUAAGAGCAGCUAAUUUAACCAACAAAGUAUUUUCCGGAUUAUAAUUAUCUCCAUCAAGCGAAUCGGAAACGAUCCAGUAGAGCUCACAAAACUUUUAACGAAACUUUGCAUCCCACACACUUUCCCGGUUCACCGCAAAUCUCGUUAAUUUUUCGUUCGUUCAUCCAAUUAAAUUACGCUUCGCAAAAGGAGUGAACGAAGCUAGUUGCAAAAAAAAAAAUCAUCAUCAUGAUUUCCCCAAAAACCACACCAUCAUCUCGCCAAUAUUGGCUUUCCACUUGAUCACCAACGCCACCGCCAAACCAAACGCGUUCGCCGCACAUUUUCAACAAUUUCCAACUUUGCUUAUUACCCCCUCACCAUCGCACCAUCGCGUCAUUGGCAAACUGAAUUUUCCACGAUGAAGUCGCCUCAUCUAAUCGAUUUUCCCAAUCCUGGCUGCUGGAUUAUGCAUGAUGGGUGGAAGGAAAAAAUCCACUCUCAAACCACCCUAACCACACACACACAUAGUAGGCUGAGAUUUUUUACGUACGCGCGCUCGCGCGCCAUUUUCAACAUGCUUUCACCUAAGCUCAACGGUGCAGUAGGCGCCAAAAGUGCAUCCUCAUGCUCUGCUCGUCGUCGACGCGGGGGGAAAUUGGUGGAAAAUCACAGCCUACUGACGCCACGCCACGCCACGUGGAAAUUCCGAUGCUCUGCUGCAGUACGAUGAUAAAUUGCAUUUUUCCUUCAGGCAACGACGACGCACACACGUGGCCUACUAUGAUUGAGAGUGGAUGCGGUGUAGUUCGAGGGGGGAGGGGGUGUUGCAUUGGAAUAUAAAUUAAAUUGGAAAUUGCACAUGUGUGGGAGGUUGCUGCGAUGCGAAAAAAAAGCUUCUUUUUUGCGCCAAUUGUUUCACACGCCAAUCUAGCAGAGUGCACGUCCUAACGAGCAUGAAGGGAGUGAAACGAAAAAAAAAACGCAAAUUGCAGCGACGAGCUCGUUUGCGUGAAAAAUGGCGCCGGAGCAGCGGAGAUAAAAGGGAAAACGCUUUUCAUAUGCGACCGACCCCCGGGAUGACCCCUCGCAGCCGCGUGGAUCCCUUCAGGAUAUUGUGUGUUUAUUUGUUUAUUAUUCAUAUUAUUUCGACGUCGGUUUUUUUUUUGCUGCUUCCACUCGUCGAUUGCUUUUGUUUUUGUUGCCAUUGUUUCACAAUGAUGCAAUAAUUCUAUCGGUUCGUUGCACAACAGGGUCGAAUCGAUGAAGCGUGCUGCUCGAGCUCGAAUUCUGGUUCCGGAAAGCAAACACGAAUUUCGGAUUUCCUUUCGCUUUAUUUUUUGUCUUUCGAUUCUGAAGGGGAUUUACAAUCGCUUUAAAAAUGAUUUGCCCAAUAUAAAAUGACGGUGCAAAUGAAAGCAAAUGUGCUAUCAUAUAUUUUUUUCGAACAAGAUUUGUUUAAUCAAAAUAUGCAAGUUUAUAUAAAAUCUGAGUACUUGAACAAAUUUUGUUUACCUGUUUUUAAUAGCUUUGUCUUGAAAAAAAAAAUGUCAAGUAUUUAGUUUUAAAGUUUCAACAUCAACACAAUUCAGUCAUAAUAAUGUUUAAUUCAAAAAAUGUUGCAAUAUUGAGCAUAACUAAUAAUUUAUGAAACUUCUUAACUGUUAAGAAACCAAAAUAUUUAAGGAUUUGAAUAUUGAAAAAGAGAAAUUGUUGAAUCAUUUCAAGGUCAAAUGUUUUAAAUUAAAAUGCUAUUGUUAUUGUGUGACAAAAUUGUUUCUGAGGCAAAACCCUAUCGAAAUCUGGGUGAACCCGAAGGUUAUCGCCACAUCGCAGGCCUGACUUUUACAGGUGAAAAAGUCACUUACUAACGGUGAACGAUAUCAAAUAAUGUUAAAUAUAUUUUUGAUUUUAAUUUAUAUUUUACAUUUUAAAAAUAAAAUCAAAUACGUUUCUCCAAAUUUUUCUACAUUUUUCAGAUAAAUAUUUAUUUUAAAUUGACUAAAAGUGUUUUGACCAAUUUGUAACCAUACCUCAGAAGAUGCUAUUUUUUCAUUUAGAUCAUUUCAAAAAAAAAAAAUUUUAGAUAACUAAAUGUGAAAUUAAUAACGUGUUAUUUUUUAAGAGUGUAAGGUCAGAGCAAAUAUUUUUCAAAGUUUAUGUCGCCCCCCCCCUCCCCUUCAAAGUUGGCCUGAAAAAUCAGGGGGAUUUUUUUUUUUUCGAAAAACUUCUAAAUUUUUAUGAAAAUUAAAGUUAAACCAACUGAAAACCAGUAAAAAUGCAUUUUCCCGCGUUGAUCAUUAUAUUUAGCAUUUUUGAACUACUUUGAAAACAUUUUAAAUUUUCAUAAAAUACCAAUGUUCCACAAAAAAAAAUUUUGGGGAAAAAAAAUUCCGUCAAUGCCUCGAUGUUUUCAAAACUAAUGAUUGGAAAGCAAUUGUAUGCCUGUAAAAAGCAUUUUUAAACACUGUUUUCAUCCAAAUGUUGAAACCUAGGCUUGUUAUUUCAAUUUUUAAACUUUUUUAUUUGUUAUUUGGUCAGAGCCGAGGGACAUAAACUUUGAAAAACGGCCUAACUAUUUUUUUUUAGAAAAAAUCCUAAGCAAUAUUUACAACUUUGCCGACGACAUCAAUUUGAUUAAAAAAUAUAAAAAAAAUUGCAAAAAGUUGGUCAUCUGAUGAAAAGUUUUGAAAAAUAGGUUUACGACACUUUUUGAAUUUGUUCAACUUUUUUAUAACAUAACAUUACAUUUUUAGAUAUAUAAUUCUUUUUUGAUAGAAAUAACUUUGUAUUAACCGUUUUAUCCAGUUACUGGAAAUUUAAAUAAAUUAAUUUUUCCGGAAUUUUCAAAUUUAAUUAAAAAAAUCAGAUGAAAACCAUUUUUUCUUGCUUUAAGGUACAAUUACAUUCUUUGAAAACAAAUUUAUUCCAUUCUCUGAUGCAAAUUUAGGCUUUUCAGUAAAAUCAUGCAAAGUUCAAAAAAUCUAUUUAUAAAUACAAAUAUUAAAUAUUUUAACCUGAUUUUCAAAGAGUUUGAUAAUCUGGCAACUAUGUUAUCUAAUUAUAAAAAAAUAGAUAUGAAAAGAUAUUGUAACUGGAUAAAGUGAGUUAUUCUGGCAACAAUAAAUGUUGACUUAGAUUAAGUUUCUCUACAAUAUUUUUUUUAUGCACUUUUAGUCAAGUAUUUGAAAAACUAUUUCACACUUGAUUUGGAAACACUGUCAUGAAAAUGGUAAUUGAUUGGUGUAUAUAAUAAGAAAACAAUUUUUAACUGUCGGGUCUAAAUUUUUGAUAAAAAUUAUCUUCAGAGCGACCAUUUUUGUGCAUCUUGAAAAAAUCAUUUCAGUGAUCUUCAGAGUUUGAUGGGGCAACACUGUUAUUUCAAUACAAUUUUUUUGUUCAACUGUCUUUUAAUUGAGAGAUGCAUACAAUCACUUAUAAUUUAUUUAAUCUACUUUCAAGUGAAAAUUGGGUUUAAACUGACAACACUGUCAUAAUUUAAUUUUGACAGAAAAUACUUAAUGUGAGGAAAGUGCUCACCGUCUUUUGGAGGAUAAAUUUUCGUUUUUUUGCGUUUGGUUCCCGCGCGUUAAAUCCGAAGAAUGAUUUAUUCAAUCGCCAUUUUUAUUAAUAGCAGCUUUAUUACACUUGCAUGGGCUCCCGGUCAAACCGGACGGACGUUCGAUUGUUUAUUUAGGACACUUUUUUUGCUCACAAUGUUUGGGACGAGACCGAUAAGCUGUUUACUUUUUUUGAGUGUUUUUUGCCUGGCCCAUGUCGGAGGAGGAUAAUUCCACUUUAAAAGUUGUUGGAUUGAAAUCAAAUUUGCAUUUUUUUUUCUAUGCGAGCACGGGACACCGAAAUCAACUUCAUCCUUAAUCCCAUCCCCACUUUUUCCAGACAUAAAAAAGACAAAUUGCUACUGUGUAUAUCAUUGUGCCAUUUUUUUAAACUGCAAGGUGCUAAAUACGAGUUCACUGUUCUCAUAUAGGGCAAACAUAUAACCAUUAUAAAAAAACAACAAUCAAAUUAACUGCUACUCGCUAUCAUCACAGAAUAUCGAUGUUCGAUGCCAUCGUGUCGGAUUUUAAUUCAUUUUUUUUUUUUCACUAGACUAUCAGAGGUGAAACAAUAAAAAAGAACAACCCAUCACAGCCAGACCAAUUAAAUGUUCGCCGCAACAAUGUUAUAAUUGAUGGAAAAUAUUUUUGUUUCGAGCAAAAAAAACACACCACAACUCAAUAGUGCAGCAAUUCCCACUCUCACAUCAUAUAACAAACAGAAAUUAAUAAAAAUUCGAAUAAUUAUCGGCGAAUCAACACACCCACGAUGAACAAUUGCCAACAAACAACCAUCAAACAACUGCUGGGCCGGGAAAGAGUUAAUUUAAUAACGGAAAACAUAAUGAUGUCAAAUGUGUGCGCGUGUGUGUGUAAUGUUAAGCCUUCUGAUUAAGCGACUGAUUUUUUAAUUAAGUGUCAAACACUGAGCAUACAACAAAAAAAAGGUGUGUGUGUUUUUUUACGCGGGCGACAACGGUAAUUGAUCGUGCCGUUGUUAAUUAUUCAGUUUUUGUUAAAGAGUAUCGUGGCCAAAUUGCAGCAGCACCAACAACAAUGCACUCACAAUGUAACGAGAGGAAGGAAAUCAAACAGUAUAUUAUACAACCAUAUUAUUAAUUAGUGAACACACUCACACACUCUGUUUGCGAGCGGAAAAUUGUGGUAGAUUUUUUAUUGUAAUUUAGCGUGUAAAAGAAUUUAACUACACUUAGAGAAAGGAUUGUAAUGGAAUAGAAGCCGUAAAUUGGAACGCUAAACGAUGAUAAUCUAUUGAACUUAGACACUAAACAAAAAAUAAUAAUGCUAGCUAAAUGACUGUGUAAAAAGAAGUUUAUAUCGUAAUGUACUAGAUUUUAAAGUGAUACUUCCAUAAGAAUUAACAUACUGCGAAACAUAAAGAAGUGAAACCAAUUGAGAUACAGCGAAUGCAGCAAAGACGCACCCACACAUUCACACUGGAUCACACAGUCACACACACACACAUGAUAAUAUCGAAAAUUUGAGAAUAAAGAAACUUACAUUACCCACAAGAA